AGUGUUAAAAGUUGUUUGGGGGUCUUGUUGGGGUAAAAUAUGGUUUUGCAAAACCAAAGUUUAAAUAUAAUGACAUGAAUGAACAUUUUCUCAAACGACAAUGACAUAGAUAAGUCAAUUUUUUAACGGAUGACAUAAAUGCAUCUUUUCUCAAAGUUCAAUAGCAUAUUUGAGCCUUUUCCCAACUCUAAAUUAAGAAUUCAUCAAGCACCAUGAUGGGUAAUGCAACAUUUUGCCUAUGGCAGUCCACAAGGGGGUGGCAUGGUCUGGAUGGAUGACGCAUGCAUGAUGGACUUAGUUAAGAAAAAAAUUGUGCCCUUGCUAUUACUAGUUGUAAUUUUUGAUAUAAUGGUAAGCGUUUGAUCCUAAAUGCACACCAUACAUCAAUACAUUGUUUGUACAGUAACUAAAUUUAUCCACGGCGACAAUAAAAUGCAAUAUAUUAUAUAUGUCAUAUUAAAUUUACUGUACGAACUUUACCCCCUAUAAUAGUAAAAUAAGUAAAUUUUAUUUGUUAUUGAAUGCAGAAAGAAGUGUUAGAUAGUGCAAAGGAGAUGGUGAGAGAUGUAAUUAUUCGAAAGCUUGACAUUAAAAUCAUGUUAUCUUCUUCAAACACAUUUCGUAUUACAGAGUUGGGAUGUUCAAUUGGACCAAACACUUUUAGUGCAAUGCAACAUGUUGUAGAAGCUUUAAAGGAAAAAUACAAAAAUAAUAUUCCUGAAUUCCAAAUAUUCUUCAAUGAUCAUGUCACUAAUGAUUUCAACACCCUCUUUCGAUCACUACCUAUUGAUCGAUCCUACUAUGCAUUUGGAGUUCCAGGAUCUUUUCAUGGUAGAUUAUUUCCAUCGCGAUCAAUACAUUUUGCUCAUUGUUCUACUUCUAUACAUUGGUUAUCUAAGACUCCAAAAGAGUUGUUAGAUGAGAAAUCUCCAUCAUGGAACAAGGGUUUGAUUCAUUAUAUAGGUGCUUCAAAUAUUGAAGUAAUGAAUGCUUAUGUUGCUCAAUUUGAAAAGGACAUGGAAAUGUUCUUCAGUGCAAGAGCUGAGGAAAUUGUUCCUGGUGGAAUGAUGCUUCUAAUUUCACCACAAUUAAGUGAACGUCUCUUGAAAUUUUUUGGUUCUAUUCUUAUGGCUUUGGUGAACGAGGGUAAGUUAGAUGAGUCUUUAGUUAACUCAUUCAAUGUGCCAGUGUAUUUUCCCUCUAUUGAAGACAUGACUAAAGUGGUGGAGAAAAAUGAUUGUUUUAGCAUAGAGAGAAUAGAGUUAACACAUCCCAAAUCAAAGCUUGUGGAUGAGGCUGAUGCAAAGACUUUAAUGAUAAACCUAAGGGCUGUUUACGAAGGACUUUUCAUCAAUCAUUUUGGGAGAGAAAUAGCAAAAGAAGCUUUUACAAGGACUAUUCUCAAAAGCGAUAAGAUUUCAGCAUGGAUGAAAAUAAAUUACAAGAAAGCAUGUCAAUUAUUUAUCGCUUUAAAGCGUAAAUGAAUUUCUAUGGAGGAAUGUACUAUAUAUAUUAUAUAACUCGAUUCUAUCGAGCGAUGUGAUAUAUCUAAUGUACACUUGCAGGCUUGUAAUUUUUUAUCCUUCCUUCUACACUAUUUCAACAUUAAAUGUUAUGUUUGG